AUGAGGGGAAAAACACAGGAUGGAUCGGCGUCAUGCUGGUUUAAGGUCACAAUUCCACAUGCACGAAAGUGUAACAAGACAAAACUGAUGAAAUCAAUUCAGAGUUACUGCACGCUUCCUUUCGUUGCUGUGGACUUCCAUUACAUCAGGAACCAGGCCUGUUUCUUUAUUCAAGAUGAGAUUGCAGCAUCCGCCCUGAGGGAUGUGAGUGGAAAGAUUCGGGAUGAUGACAACAGAAAGAUAGCUGUGUUCGUCCAUCGCUCUGCUGCACCCUACUCUGUGCAGAAUCAACUGAAACCAGAAGAAAUGCAACUGCUGAAGCGCACUUUGUACAAACGGUAUGAUGCCAACACAAAGCGCCUUGACCUACAAAGUCUACGCCUUGACCCAGACUUGAUGCACCAUCAUAUUGACAUGAUACUGAAUCAAAGACAAUGCAUGGCUGCAACCCUACAGAUCAUUGGAACAGAAUUCCCUGAGCUCUCGGCUCUGAAUUUGUGCAACAACAAACUGCACCAUCUGGAUGGCCUGUCUGACAUUUUAGACAAGGCCCCCAAAGUCAGGUCCUUGAACCUGUGUGAUAACGAGCUUUGGACAAUACUAGAACUGGAGAAGGUAAAAGAGCUGAAGCUGGAAGAGCUGUGGCUGAAAGGGAACCCGCUGCGCAAGAUCUUCCCUGACCACGCAGCCUAUGAUGGCAAAGACUUAUCCCCACCAGUUGCUGAAAUGGAUGAACAGAAGACAACAAAACCAAGUGAGAAAAGUUCUCAAGAAAUCGAAAUGAUGAAGAAUGUGAUCAUCAAUUUCCUUCACCACUAUUACUUCAUCUAUGACUAUGGAGAUCGCCAUACUCUUAUUAAUGUUUACCACGAGAAGGCUUAUUUCUCUCUGAGCACUGUCUUCAACUCCACAGACCCGGUCCCGACCGAAUUGUGUGAAUACGCCAAGAUCAGCAGGAAUAUCAAGAACAUCACAGAAGCAAGCCUGAGGAGGCAACUGCUGAAGCACACAAACCAUGCCAUCGUGGACACCCUCAACACGUUGCCUAAAACUCGACAUUAUUUCAGCUCCUUCUCAAUAGACACCUGCUUCUACACAGAGAAGUCCUUCACUGCCACUGUCAAGGGGAUUUUCAGGGGAGAGAGUAGAUCUGAAAAUUCGGUGCUUGGUUUCAUCCGGACAUUCGUUGGGUUCCUGACUGACACUUCAAAAUGCCUUGAGGACAAUGAGUGGAACUUUACCAGUGCGGUACAGGCCUUCUACACGCUCCAGGUGAGGCCUGGGAAGCAAGUGGGUGAAGAUGGGUGUGUCUGGGCCUUCAGCAUUAUGGAAGGGGUUAGCUUGGGGGUUGAACUUGGGACCCCUGGCUCUCCUGAUGUCCUGAUUCCUUCCCUGCAGGACCAAGGUGUCAUUCCAAAGGAGGCGUUCAAGAAAAGCACCUAA